AUGAGUUCUGAGUCAUCUUCUGAUACAUCUGGGUCAUCAACUUCAGAAACCUCUGGGUCCACAAGUAGCUCAUCUUCCACUAGCUUGCAUUCAGAGGACAUUGUUGAAAAAGGUUCUUGUACUUCUGCCAGGCAUAGAACGAAACGAGGUCACGCCAAAUGCAAGAAGCUAGAAAAAGGAGGUCCCCGUCAUCUUACAUUUGAUAAAAAUGGGAUUGUCCAGUCACCGGUAAAACAUGUCAAUGAAUUCUCAAGUUAUUGUGGUUAUAUAGCACGCAUGUGUGUUGAUAUUAGGAUAAAGGAUUGGCAAAAAUUGCCUACAGUGGUAAAAUCAAACCUAUGGGAGGAUGUUUCAAAGAAAUCUGUCAUGCCAAGGGAUGAAUCCCAUACCCUCAAUGUGAAGAAGGUCGCUUUGAAAUCUAUGAGCCAUGCAUGGAAGGAUUUCAAGUGGAAACUAAAUAUAAAUUAUGUCAAGAAGGACAAAACUCCAUUUGAGGACUAUCCAGAACUCAAGAAAGAGUGGUGGCCAGACUUUGUGGAGUGGGUUACCUCUGAUGAGUAUAUUGCUCUAGGAGAAAAGGGCAAGAAAAGCCAAAGCAUGAAUAAGUUCCAUCAAAAACUAGGUCGACGAAGCUAUACUGUACAAAAGAGAAAAUGGGCAAAGGAAGAUGCACAAGCAUUAACCGAGGGUAAAUCUAUUCCAUUUCAAGACAUGCCAGAUGGUCGUCAUAAGGAUUGGGCAAGGGCGAGGAAUCCUUCUGGCGAUGUGAACAUAACAGAGUCGCAUCCAAUCAUAAAGAAAAUUGUAGAUCUAAAUGAAAAGUCAGUAGCUGGUACCUUUACACCAUUGGAUAAUAUGGACAUACUUGCAACAUCAAUAGGGAGUAAUCAUCCAGGGAGGACAACAGGGGUGAGUGCUUAUGUGGGUUUAGGGAUGGGUCUUGCUCAAGGUGAUGGCCCUCGUAAGAAGAAACGUAGAACAACGAAAGAAUAUGUCAAGAGGAUUGUGGAUGAGUACGAGGCCAAGUUUGAGAAACUGACAGCCCUGUGUCAGAGUAUGGAGCGUCGAUUAAACAAUUCUGAGAGUUGCUCAUCUUCAAAAUUUGUUGAUACACCAGACCAUGCAACACAUCAUUCAGUUGACUCAUUACAAGAGGUGAUGAAAUGCAAGUUGGUGGUGCAGAUAGGUCCGCAAUCUGUUGUGGUCGCUAGAGGGCAGGCUUACCCUCCAAAGGAUGUUGUAACCGUCCAUGGGAUUGAGCGGCGAGAUGACCACACAAAAGUGCAGGUUGAUUUUGUGUUUGACAACUUCUUGGAAUUUCCACUCCCUAUUCCUAUCGCUGGUGGUGAUAUGUUCACUCUUGGUGAAGCCAAAAAUUCAUUUGUGUUAUGGCCUAAGUCAGGCAUACAACUAGCAGAGGUACACUUUACUAACUUCAACCUGAUGAAGUUAUUAUUGUUAUUCACAACUUGGUUAAUGUCAUGUACUUGUUUCUGACUUUUACAUAGGAAACAACAGUUCAUGCAAAGCCUCAACAAUUCCCAGACACAUCGCCUUAGGUACUCCAUCACACACCUGAAAAGGAUAAAAUGCCAACACCAACAAUGGGUACCGAGAAUAUAGAUGUCACACAUAGUGCCUCCAAUGUCAGCAAGAAGAGGAAACAUAAGCAUAAAAAACAUAACAAAAGCAAAGAGAAGGAGCAAAAAAAUUCACAACAGAAAAACAUAGAAGAUGAUGGUCUUGAUCCCCUUUGGACUCCCCCCUUUCAUCAACGAUCUCCACCACCAGUUCCAAAUAAUAAACAAUUUGUGCUAGGGCAGCCUUUAGUAUCUAGUGCAUUGCUUAAGAGGAUGGGUAAACAGAGCCAAUGUUUCCACAAAUGGUAUUUCGCUAUGACCACACCAAUAUCUCGAAGGCAAAGUGCCACACACUUCAUGGUACGAUACGAAGAACAUGAUUUUCUUGAAAAAUCUGGGGUCUAUGCAGUAGAAUUCAGUGAUGUAUUUCACAUCUACAAUGAUCUUGCCCUUGACAUAUCCUUACAUCGGAGUUGGAUGCUAUGAGUGAGAUCCACCAUUUCCUAUAAGUGUCUACUUUUUGUUCUUUAUCUAACUAUUCUUUUAAUAGAUGCAUGAGGAAGAUAGACAAAUACAGAGGCAUAGUUGGCUUUUUAGAUCCAGAGAUGAUCAUUUUAAAGAGAAUCAAUGAAGAGGCUAAUGAAGUCGAAGCAUACAUUGUGAAAGCAUUGCUUGCUCAGCAGGACAAGGAGUGCAUAUUUGUUGUUUGCCAGGAAGGUUACCAUUGGGCCUUGUUAGUUAUUUUCCCAAAAUGGAAUACAGUGUACAAUAUUGACUCCAAAGGUUACCAAUCCCCUAGCUGCUAUAGUAUUAAGAAGU